GGAUUUUUACUGCAUAUAUAUUAUAAGAUAUUUUUAUAUUACGUGAAUUUCUUCUAACAAGAAAUUGUUUAGAAAAUUUCGUUUUUUUUUUCUGAAGAUAAUACAUUCUAAAUAAAAACAGUGCAUUUUGUUGAAGCAGUUUUUAUAUAUUUUUAAGUUUUUAUAGAUGGCGGAUACAGAAGACAAAUCUGCAGAAUUGUUAGACAAAGUGGAAGGAGAAGCUCAAGAAACUCAGGAUACAGAGAAAAUAGAUGAAAAAAGUGGAUUAGAAGUGGAGGAUAAAUUACCGGGAACAUAUACAGAUGAAAAAGUACAAGUUCCAGAAACACUUGAAGGGGAUUCAUUUUCUCUUACGUAUGAUAUUCAACAAGGAAAUCCAUUUCCAGAAAAUCCAAAUGCUCCGCCAGAAUUGCAUCAAUUAACGAUUCGAGCGUUGGUUGUAGGAACGUUUUUAGGAUCAGUUGUAGCAUCAUCUAAUAUAUAUUUGGGAUUAAAGACGGGAUUCACAUUUGGUGCUCAGCUUUUUGGUGCUAUUUUUGGCUUUGCAAUUCUUCAGUUUGUUUCAAAGAUGAUGCCAGAAUGGUUUGGUGGAGGAUUUUUUGGUCCUAAAGAAAACUGUACGGUUCAAACGGCAGCUACAGCUGCGGGGGGUAUGGCUGGCAUGUUUGUUUCAUCCGUACCGGCUAUGUAUUCUUUAAGUCUUCUCGGUAAAGGGCCGGAAGAAGACUUUUGGCGGUUGAUAAGUUUUACCGCUGUUAGUGCAUAUUAUGGAUUAUUCUUUGUUAUUCCUUUACGGAGAUUUUAUAUUAUUUAUCAGAAACUAGUUUUCCCGACAUCAUCUGCAUGUGCGUUAACUAUCCAUUCAUUACAUUCAGGAGCAGUUGCACAUUCAGUCAUGAAGAAAAAGGUAUGGUCACUUUCAAUAUCAUUUCUUGUUUCUAUUGUUCUUCGUGUUUUAUCUGAUUAUGCCCCUGGUAUACUUUGGGAUUGGCAUAUCUUUUGGUGGCUAUAUCAAAGUGGUUGGAAAGGUGCUAUUGCUGCUGAAAAUUGGGGCUGGUGGAUCGAGCUUACUCCAGCUUUUUUUGGUGUUGGUUUUUUUUCAGGUUUAAAUGCUGCAACUAGUUUCUUCCUUGGAACAGUUAUUGCAUGGGCUGUUAUAGGUCCUAUUAUUUCCAAAACAGGUCUUGCUCCUCAUUUCUCAGUUAUAUCUCCUGGGCAUACUGAUUGGCGAUCCUAUUCUUCUAUGAGUUUACAGUCUUCAUUGAAUCCAAAUGGUUUUGAUCCUAUUAAAACGUCCUCUCCUCGUUAUUGGUUACUUUGGCCUGGUGUUAUGCUUAUGUUGUGUUCAUCUUUUGCUGAAGUCAUUAUGAACGGGACGCUUUUGUGGGUGGGACUUAAACGUAUUAUUCUUGUUAUUUAUUAUAAAAUACGCCGUAAGGAAAUUCCCGUUUUUAAGAAUGCUAUUAAGGAUCCGGCGCCACCUGAGACUCAGAUUCCAGCUUGGCAAUGGAUACCAUUAUUGAUUAUAUCGAUUAUUUUUACGUGUCUUGUUCUUACAUUGCAAUAUGGUAUAAAUGUCGGGCUGGCGCUUCUUUCUAUUCUUUUAGGUUUUAUUUUCUCUUUUAUUGGGGCACAAUCUUCAGGUGCAACAGAUGUUAAUCCUGUUUCAAUUUGUGCUAAGUCUUCUCAAUUAAUUUUUGGUAGUAUUUCUAGCGCUCAGAGGAUGGAUGAAAUCUUGGCACAAAGACUUAAUCUUAUUGCUGGUACCGUAGCAUCUUCAUCUGCUUCACAAUCUGUUGAUAUGAUUGGUGAUUUAAAAACUGGGCAUCUUCUUGGAGCUUAUCCGAAAAUUCAGUUUUAUGCACAAGUGAUCGGAUCGUUUUUUUCUAUCUGGUUAAGCGUAGCUCUUUAUAUUUUAUUUAAUAAAGCAUAUCCGUGUUUUACGGCUCAGUUUAUGCCAGGCUAUCCAAGUUCUCAAAAAUGUGUUUUUGGUGCACCAUCAGUUGCAUCAUGGAGAGCAGUUGCAAGCGCUAUGACCAAUGAGCGAUUGCCUGUACCAUCAUCUUCUGGAUAUGCUUCGAUUAUUCUUGGUAUUAUAUCUGCUCUCGUUGUUGUCUUAAAGUAUUCUUAUUGUCCAGAAAAAUAUCGGGUAUUUAUCCCUAAUUUUAAUGCAAUUGGUCUUGGAUUUGUUGUGCCACAAACACAUUAUGCAACAGCUAUGUUUAUUGGUGCCCUUGUAGCUUAUUUCUGGAAGAAAUCUAAACCAGUAUCUUAUGAUAUUUAUGCUCUUUCAAUUGCUACUGGUUUUGCCGCUGGAGAAGGAAUGGGUGGUGUUAUUAAUGCUAUUCUUCAGAUUGCUGGGUUUAGUGGAAGUACCUAUGGGACAAUAGUUGGAUGUCCCUAUGAAUCAUGGUGUGGUUAAUAAUUAUGCUUAAUAUUUUUAUACUAUAUAUUUAAUUGUUAUAAAAAAUUGGAUAUUAUUUUGCCACAUAGUUUUUACAGAGAAUAUGUUUAUAUAUGCUUUGUUAUCAUGUUCUUUGCACUUUUA